GGUUAGAGACUAGGCUUGUGUUUUAAUUUUAAGGUUAAGAGGUUGAGUUUUAAUCUAGUUUUAUGGUUUAUAGAUUAGGAUUAUGUUUAGUUUUAAGGUUUAGAGAUUGAGUUUAUGUUUAGUUUUAAGGUUUAGAUGUGGGAUUUAAUUCUAGUUUUAAGGUUUAGAGGUUGGGUUUAAGUCUAGUUGUUUGAGUUAGAGACUAGGCUUCUGUUUUAAUUUUAAGGUUUAGAAGUGGGGUUUAAGUCUAGUUUUAAGGUUUAUAGGUUGGGUUUAAUCUAGUUUUUUUAGGAUUAGAGACUAGGCUUAUGUUUAGUUUAAGGUUUGAAGAUUGAGUUUAUGUUUAGUUUUAAGGUUUAGAGAUUGAGUUUAUGUUUAGUUUUAAGGUUAAAGAUUGGGUUUAGGUCUAGUUUUAACGUUUAACGUUCAGGUUGGGUUUAAGAUAAGGCUAUUGGUCUCAGAGAGGGAGGGUGUUAAUCAGCUCUGCUGGGGUUGGUGAAGGAGUUAAUAAGCAGGUUGCUGGGGAAAGUUAAAAAGGUUUGAGAUGAACUCGAGCAGACAGUUGAGAAGAUCAGCCACCAUGAGCCACACAGCCUUCCUCCUCCUCCUCUUCGUCACGCUGCUGCAGGGCUUUACUCUCACUGCUCAGAGACCUGCUGAAGGUAAACCAGGCACUGGAACCAGGCGCUUCAGGAGGAGUUACUCAGAAUAUAUGGAACAGAAUGGUGGAACACCAAUGGACACUAUUAUAGCCGUCAAUGAUUAUCAGGGUUUGUUUGCAGUGGAAGGGGUCAGUGUCAGGGAGGGGGAUAUUGCGGUGUCCAGGCAUUCUGAGAAGAGCUGUUUUGCGCGGAGCUGUCUGUGGUCUAAAUCAGUGGACGGCCAUGUUUAUAUAGCGUACACCCUCUCUCCGCUCUACAGUGAGGAGGAUAAGAUGAAGAUAAAGCAAGGAAUGGAGCUGAUAGAGAGAAAGACAUGUGUACGCUAUGUGCCCAGAACACACCAGAGAGACCACCUGGAUAUCCAGCCCAGAUCAGGGUGCUGGUCGUAUGUGGGAGCGAACGGAGGCCGGCAGAUUCUCUCUCUGCAGACCCCAGAAUGCAUCGGUUCUGCGGUGGUGGCUCACGAGCUGAUGCACGCUCUGGGCUUCUUACACGAGCAGUCUCGCGCUGACCGGGACAACUACGUCACCAUACUGUGGUCAAACAUCUGGAAAGACCGAACCAGAAACUUCGCCAAGUUCAAAACAAAUAACAUGGACAUGCCCUACGACUACAAAUCCAUCAUGCACUUCGGAAAGUAUGCCUACUCUGAGGAUGGAAAUCCCACUAUUGUGCAGAAGCAGAACUGGAACGGGAAGUUGGGCCAGUCGUUUGGUCCCAGUGAACUGGACAUCCUGAAGAUCAAUAAACUUUAUCAGUGUAAAUAAAAAUCCUGAGAGAACGACAGGCCUGAUCGUAACAUUAUAAUGAUUAUAAUCUGUAUCUACUCUAUGUUCUUAUAGUUCAUCUUCUUUACUCUAAUCUUUAGUACGUGAACUGUAUGUAUGUACCGUGUGGAUGUAUGUAUGCAAGUAUGUAUUCACUGAACUCAUUAAAGCCAGUAAUGAAA